AUGGACAACACCUUCCUCACUGGACAGGCCCUCGUUUUAUCAGGAAUCCGACAUGUAUACCGUCUUCUUUUCCAGAAACCAAAGCCAAAGAUCUCUGCAUCUCGCAGACUGUUCUUGAAGACCAAACUACUAAAGAAGGCCAUGACUAUGCUGGACAAUGAAAAGCAAUUCAGAAAAGAUGAACGAGAGAGAAUCCUCGCUGAGAGAGUCCCAGCGCUCGAAACAUCCGGCCUCUCUUUGCAGGAUCUACAGAAUCUUUGUAAAGAACUGCACCAGAAGAUCGAUGUGGUUGAUGAAGAACGGUAUGACAUUAACUCUAAAGUCACAAAAAAUGAUAAGGAGAUACAAGAACUGUCCCAGAAGAUCUAUGAGUUGAAGGGCAAGAUGAAGAGACCAAACCUGAGGAGGGUGAGAGUGUCUGCUGACGCCAUGCUGGGAGCUCUGCUGGGCGCUAGGGUCAAAGAGUCUGUGGACUUCAAGGCCAACCUCAAGACUGUGAAGAAAGAGGAAGAGAAGAAGGAAGAGGUGACUGACUGGCGUAAGAAUGUGGACGCCAUGUCUGGUAUGGAGGGCAGGAAGAAGCUGUUUGAUGCCGGGCAGUAGAUUGUGUGGUGAAUUUCUUUGUGCUGGAGUUUGCUGCUCUAAAACAGGUGGAACCAGUGAAACAUGUGACUGUUAUUCACCCUAUAAUCACAGUGAAAAUGAAGACCAGAGUAACAAGUUCACACAGUUCAUGUUUAAAGUGUUUGUGUAAAUGGCAAUAGUUAAUAUGUUUAACUUAAAGAGGACAUAUUAUGCUUUUGGAGGUUAAACAUGUGCUUUAGUGUGUUUUAUAGUUUUUUGUGUGAAACAAAAUCUGUUUCUAACAGAGGGUGAAUAGAGGUGCUGCGGGAAUAGCCAGUAUGAGACAAAUUAUGUGUUUUUUAAACGCAAAAAGCAUAUGACCCUAUUAUAGUAGACCAAACAAAUACAAGUAUCAACCUGAAAACAAGCUUAAUAUGACCUCUUUAAUGAUAAUUCAUUUCAUACAUAUAGUUUUUUACAUAAUGUAUGGUGAUUUAUUAUGAAAAACGUAUGUAUUUAAUAUAUUAGAGCACUGUAUUGCUUUUGUAGUUUUUAGCAUCCAUAUGAAUUCAUUAAUACAGACCACUAUUGGCUGUCUCCGGACGCCUGUAAUAUUGUUACUAACUUGCUUUUUUUGACCUCUGCAAUAUACAACAAUAAACAGACAACAAUGAGAGAAAAUAUAGAUUAUUUGUCUACAAUUACAAAUCAUAAUUUGUCCAAUUUAUACAUUUCCCACUGCUACAAGAUAAAACAUGUAGAACAACA